AGUACCGAGGUGGCCGUGCCACGUCAGACAUUGAGAGGUCAUGACGACUGGGUAAACGGUGUUGUGCACCUGCCUGGCGGACGACAGGUCAUCACAUGUUCAGGGGACAACUCACUCCAUCUAUGGGACCUAGAGAGCGGCACGCAGAUAGGAGGGGAGUGGCGAGAUGAAGAGGAUGAGGCAGGAGUGCGGUGUGUGGCAUUGUCUCCAAACGGCAAGACAAUUGCAAGUGGAUGCGACAGGAAAUUGUGAGUGCAAUGUGCUGGAGUGCAGAUAGUAAUCAAUUGCUGAGCGGAUCCUGGGAUGGGACGGCAAGAGUCUGGGACGUCGAGAGCGGCAAAACUGUACUGACAAUCGAAACUGGGCAUAACUGGGUGAACGCGGUGAUAUACUCGCCUGAUGCAACAAAAAUUGCAACAGGUGGAGACAAUGAAAAUGCAAUACAAAUCUGGGAUACCAAGACGGGCGGGCUGCUUAACACACUCAACCACGAUAUUCAAGUUUGGAGCUUGGCAUGGACGUCGGACGGAAAGAAACUUAUCUCCGGUUCACGUGGCCCGAUUAGGAUAUUUGACACAGCCACUUGGGAGCAGAUUGCUAUCCUUGAGCCUGGUCACACACACCGUGUCACUGCCAUCUCCUUGUCUCAGAAUGAACACAUCCUUGCAAGUGCUUCAUGGGAUAAAAUAGCGAGUCUAUGGAACCUCAAAACGAACCUUCAAGUUGGUCCACCCCUCCAGCAUGCAGAUGAUGUGAACUGUGCAGUCCUUUCCGCUGAUGGAAAACUGCUAGUCACUGGUUGCGACAACAGAAACGUGUACACAUGGGACAUUCACGCCAUCCUCAAAGAAGCUGGCCUCGAAGACCUCCUCCUACCUUCAUCUGAUGUUGCAGCUCAAGAGUCAUUAAUGAAUGCGGAUGCUAUGCAGGUCGUGGAUGAUGAACUCCUGUCAGGAUUUUUCAACGACGUCACAGGUCGUGCUGAUCCCUCCGGAACGUACGGCAACCAUCGCCGUCCCUCUUCCCGCCGUCCUCGCACUGUCGUGCCCUCUUUUGGGAGUGCGAGAGCGCUCUUCAUUCGCCUUUCAUCACUUUUGCACCGUUUUCAACACCGCACCAAUGAAGAAAUCGAACUUUCGCAACGCUCAGGGCGACCUAUCUUUUCUCGUCACCAUCCUCGUGUCAUUGAAGUUGCUGCAGUAAAAGACAGAGAGGUCAUAUUUACUGCUCCACCACCAGCAAAAAAACCACAGCAGCAAAGCCAAUCGGACGCCCAGGGCUCGUACACGACACAGCUUCCUCCAGGUCAUCUCGUACUUCUUCUGUGCUGCGCAUCUCCUCAGCACGCCAAUGAAUACGCACGACCAAUGCAGCAACAAGGUCAAGCCCAGAGCCGGGAGUCAUCAUCACAGACUGAGCCUGCCGCCCCCUCGACGUCCAUGUCACCUCCUGCUCCUGCCGCAUCAGGCGCCUGGCGCAGUGGGUCCUUAAUAACGUAGUCGUCACCUUGCUUGCAAGGUCAUAUACCGACUUGAUAAUUCUGCGGAUCGUCUACAUGCACAAAUGACGGGAAAUCCCGAAUGAUUAUCUUUUGUCACCACUUGUUCUGGCCCGCUCUUAAAAUCGUCAAGCUGGACUACAAAGCACGAUUACAGCCUGAGGAUAGGUCCCCAUAGACCAAACUUGUCCCAACGGUCCAUGUAAAAAUGCCAGUAAUAAAAUAAAAUCCCACGGACAAUCUAAGCAAGGUCAUCGCCGGCAACGACACCUAGUGCAAUAACUUGUAGAUAAUAAAUGGGAUUAAAAAGUGUAUGUCUGAUAUAAUUUCAUCGCCAAAUGUACUACAACA